AUAUUGGUCACCUCCACUUCAAAAAUAAGUGCCAACAUGAUGAAGAAGCAAGUGGAGGUCAGGAUGGACGAGAGCCACCUGGAGCCCAUCGUGGAAAAUCCCGAGAGCAUGUGUAGCAGUUUCUGUGACAAAGUCAUGAAGCACAUGGUUCUCACCCUCACCAUCCUCGGUGUGUUUCUGGGCUCCAUCGCUGGAAUGCUGCUGCGGCACAUAUCUCCUCUGCCCGCUGAUGUCAUCAUGAUCAUCGCCUUCCCGGGGGAGAUCCUCAUGAGGAUGCUGAAGAUGCUGAUCCUGCCGUUGGUUGUUUCCAGUCUGGUCACAGGACUCGCCGGUUUGGACGCCAAGUCCAGCGGGCGCCUGGGCACCCGGGCCAUGGUGUACUACAUGUCCACCACGGUGAUCGCAGCCGUGCUGGGAGUGAUCCUGGUCAUUGCCAUCCACCCAGGGAACCCCAAGCUAAGGGCAAACCUCGGGCAGGGCAAGAAGAACGACGACGUGUCCAGCGUGGACGCCUUCUUCGAUCUCAUCCGGAAUCUUUUCCCGGAGAACCUGGUGCAGGCCUGUUUUCAGCAGAUCCAAACAGUGGUUACUAAAGUACCAGUGCCCACCAACAGGACCAAGGCACCCCCACAGUUCACAGUGAAAAGGGCGCUGCAGUUCAAGAGUGGGAUGAAUGUCCUGGGUCUCAUUGGGUUCUUUGUGGCGUUCGGAGUCAUUAUGGGCAAAAUGGGAGAAAAGGCCAAGAUGAUGUUGGAGUUUUUCAACGUCCUGAACGAGAUCGUCAUGAGGCUCGUCGGUGCGAUCAUGUGGUACUCCCCGUUCGGUAUCGCCUGCCUCAUCUGCGGAAAGAUCAUCUCCAUCGCCGACCUGGAGGUGGUGGCCAGGCAGCUGGGCAUGUACAUGGUCACCGUCAUCGUGGGCCUCAUCAUCCACGGAGGCAUCUUCCUCCCGCUGAUAUAUUUUGUGAUAGUAAGAGAAAACCCCUUCAAGUUCUUCAUGGGAAUAUUCCAGGCUUGGGUGACCGCGCUCGGAACAGCGUCCAGUGCCGGCACCCUGCCCGUCACGUUCCGCUGCCUGGAGGAGAACCUGGGCAUUGACAAGCGAGUGACACGCUUCGUGCUCCCCGUGGGCGCCACCAUCAACAUGGACGGCACGGCGCUCUACGAGGCCGUGGCGGCCAUCUUCAUUGCUCAGAUGAACGGGAUCCAGCUCGACUGGGGACAGAUCAUCACCGUCAGUAUGACAGCCACCCUGGCCAGUGUGGGAGCAGCCAGUAUCCCCAGUGCAGGACUCGUGACCAUGCUCCUGAUCCUCACGGCGGUGGGGCUGCCCACUCAGGACAUCAGCCUCCUGGUCGCUGUCGACUGGCUGCUGGAUCGUUUCCGGACCUCGGUGAACGUGGUGGGCGACUCGUACGGCGCCGGCAUCGUCUACCACCUCAGCAAACACGAGCUGGACGAGUUCGACGCCCAGCAGGCCGGGAUGGAGGAGCUCGAUAUGGCAAAGACACAAUCCUUCUAUGAAAAUAACAGCAACCAGAAUGUAUACACUAACCACAACUCAACCUAUAUAGACGACUGCAAGGUCACCAUGGGGAAAAAUGGCAAGACUACAGACUUCUCUCUUGUUGAGGAGGAACCAUGGAAAUGCCAGAAAUAA